UAUAUAUAUCAAACCCAUACAACAAGAUUCACAAUAAUUCGAAGCCCAUCAUGUACCGUAGAAUCAACACCCGACCAUUAUACGUGGCUGACAUAGAGGACCAGGAGAACGAGCCCGAGCCCGCAUCAGAAGCCGGGCCUGCUUCUCCUUCCUCAGGUGAUGACACAAAAUUUGAAGCACCAUCACCUAAGAAAAGGAGGGAGAUGAAGAAGAGAGUGGUCACAAUACCGAUCGGUGACGUGGACGGAUCUAAGAGCAAAGGAGAAUCAUAUCCACCGUCCGAUUCAUGGGCCUGGAGGAAGUACGGCCAGAAGCCCAUCAAAGGCUCACCUUACCCAAGAGGAUAUUACCGAUGCAGCAGCUCAAAAGGGUGCCCGGCGAGGAAGCAAGUUGAACGAAGCCGUGUGGAUCCCACAAAGCUCAUCGUCACCUACAACUACGAACACAACCACUCUCUUCCGGUAACCAAAUCCCACUCCUCCUCCUCUUCCUCCUCUUCCGCCACCAUUAACGCCACCGCUACCGCCGUCACCGAAGUCGCUGUGGCCACCUCUCCCUCCGAGUCCGCCGCUGGCUUCCCGCCGGAGGAUCUGACGGUAUUCUCGAGCCACGUCGAUCUCGACCUCUCCGGCGACUCCGCAGUACUUCUCAGCCACCACAACCACCACGGAUUCGGGUGGUUCGACGACGUGGCCUCCGCCGGCGGCGUCCUGGAGAGUCCGAUCUGCGGCGGCGUUGAUGACAUGGCGCUGACGGCGGAGGAAGAGGACGGGGAAGAGUCGCUUUUCGCCGGCCUCGGCGAGCUGCCGGAGUGCUCGGCUGUUUUCCGGAGGAGGAAUAUUCCAAGCGCCAGCGCGAUCCAGUGCGGUGGCAUCAGAGGAUAACAGUGAGACUGUGCUAGGAACCUUUUUCGGUUUUUGUCCAGCGAUAUAUAUUAUAAUAUUCAUGGCCUGAAAAUCGUGCGCAUUUAAAAAGGAAAAAAAUGAGAAUAUAAUAGAAAUAAACUAUCUUACGAUUCAUGGGAUUUCUUUUCUUUUUUACCCCUUGUUUUGUACAUUUGAAUAAAUAAAUAAAAAAUUGUUUAGCCGGCCA